GAAGUGUUUACACGCAGCCGACACAAAUCAGUUCCACUCAAGCAAAACCAGUUUUUAUAGUUUGUUAGCAUCGUUUGCAUUUCCAAUUGUUUCAGUUAAAUUUCUAAUAACAUUGUUUUGAAAAGACAGCACGUUAUUUAUUUUAUUCUGAAUUAUCUAAAUAAUUGUAGCAAAGUGGGGAAGAUAUUUCCAGACGGACUUUCCUUCAGUCCCUAAGAUGCCGCCUGUCAGAUUGAAUCCAGUGGGAUAAACUGUCACUGCUUAUAAAGUGUUUUGUUAGCUGAGGAUGUGGAGUUCAGGAUCUUCUCUGAGGACCAGGCUGGUAGCAAAGACUGCCUCUAAACUCUGCUCCAGCAAACCUCCGGAUCCUCCCCGGACGCUCCCCUCUGCUCAGCCUCGACCCCGAGCCGAGAAACACAGACGCAGGCGAGAGAAGGAGGACAGCAUCCUGUCAGCUCCUCAUCAUGGAACUGAAUCUCAAACAUUGAAGUGGAGUGAAAAACAGAAGAUUGAGUACACGGCUCAAACCCCUGCUGGGACUAAAAAAGAUACAAGCCUUCCUCUCCCACCUUCCUACAGUCCAGAAUAUGUGGAGUCCUGCUGGUAUCAGUGGUGGGAGAAAGAGGGAUUUUUCAAUCCGGAUCAACAUGAGAGGUUGCCUCACGGCGUCGAUCAGACGUUUUCUCUGUGUAUUCCUCCUCCAAACGUGACGGGGACUCUGCAUGUGGGCCAUGCCUUGACUGUAGCUGUGCAGGACGCCCUGGUUCGACGGAGAAGGAUGCAGGGUUACAGAACUCUGUGGGUUCCUGGAUGUGACCACGCAGGCAUCGCAACUCAGGUAGGAAAACCUUUUCUUCUGUUUUUGUGA